AUGGCAGACUUCGGAGUUGAGGAGCUUAAACGGCUUGAAUACCUGUCUUUGGUGUCCAAAGUGUGUACAGAACUUGACAACCAUCUUGGGAUAUGCGAGAAAGAUCUUGGCAAGUUGAAUCGGCACACUACUUUAUUCCAAAUGUGGGGUGACAAUCUGACUAACGUUAGCUUGCUGCUAAGCUAGCUAGCUUACCUACCUUUGGUUUUAGCUAGCUAACAUUAAGAAUUGUACUCCAGUGUUUGACAACAAAGAAUUCCGAUUGUAAAACGUCUUCUCUUUUUAGUCAUAUCUACUGUACAGUAGAUGGCUACUUUGGCUUGAAAGUGUGGUGGGUGGUGUGGACCCCAUAACAUUAUUUUACAUGUUGAAGUAUUUGGCAGUAACGUUACUGUAUUUCACAUUUCCCUGAAUUCCAUAAAAGCUAUCUAGUUUAGUUUCAUUUGAGCAUUCAUGGCAAAACAAGAAUAAAGCAUUUGCUGCGAAUCCGUUAUUUAAUGAUAGCGGUAUAGCUAGUAUCAAAAGAGAAACAGUAGACUACCUCAAAUUAUCUGAAUUACACAGUGAAGUUGACUAUUCUUGCCGUCUCUUUUAGCUGAGUUUGUCAUCUGCCUUGCUGAAAAGCAACCAACAUUUGAUGGCUUCAAAUCACUGUUGCUAAAAAAUGGAGCAGACUUCACAGUAAGUGUGAUGUAGCUGUUUGAUAUGUUUAAAAUUAGCCCCGCCAAUCAAUACACUUUCUGAUUUUGAAUCCACUUUCACUCUUUCAUAGGAUUCUCUCAUCAGCAAUUUGCUCAGACUUAUUCAAACUAUGCGGCCAUCAAAAGCAUCUACCAGCAAAGGUUAGUUGAUCAUAUACUGUAUAUAACCCUGGUUAGUGUUGAAUGCAGCUGAUAUUUUACAUUCAAAUAUGAUUUAUACAAUGCUGGUAUACAAUUUGACAUACUCUAUGUGAUUAUUUAAACUGUUUCAAAAUGACAUGCUGAAUCUCUUAAUUUUCUGGUGGUAGUCUCAGAGCCUGUGGUCAAACAGAAGAGUGAGAAGGACAAACUGAAGGAGAUGUUUCCUGGAUUGUGCAGGCCAGACAAUCCAGCUCCCGUAAGUUUCUCAGAAAUGAGUACAUACACAGUGGCUAGACAAGGCACUGCUAUUAUAUCCCACUCCCCACACACAGCAUAUGGUUGUCAGUAGACCAAUGCUCUCUAACAACACCCACAGGUUCCGCUAGAAGACGAUGAUGUGAAGGUAGCAGAUGCCGCCAUGAAAGAAUUGGAGAUGUUCAUGCCCAGUGUCAGUGGAACAAACUCAACUAGCAGGUAAGGACAUUUAGAUAAUUCACAGGGUUUGCAAGAAAGUUUUACUGGUGCACUAUGAAUAGCAAAACCCUGAAUUGGAUGAAAAAUAGGUCUUAUCUAUUAGGGCAACUUAAUUUAUAUGGCUCUUGUUUUAGGUUGGACAACAAACGGCAGCGCAGCAGAAGUCGGAGCCAAGACAGAGACCGGAAGAGACGCUCACGCUCUCCGUCUUGCGACCACGAGAGGGACUUCAAACGCGGUCGAAAACGCGUUUCCCGCUGGAGUGACCGCAGUCCUAGCCCCUCCAGGGAUCGAGACAUUGAGGUUGGUUCUGACCGCUUUAAGGACAAACACGUGGACCGGCCCCCACCAGAAGAACCUGCUGUAGGGGACAUCUUCAACGGCAAAGUCACCAGCAUCCUGCAGUUUGGCUGCUUUGUGCAGCUGGAGGGACUGAGGUCAGUAAAGAGAAUUGGAAAAUAUCGAAAGCAUGUAUCCAACACGUUCUGUCUCUGUAGGUGAGCCAAUGUUUUGAAAAACCAAUGUUGAAAGCCUUUUUUGUUUUUCAUUGUAGGAAACGCUGGGAGGGCUUGGUCCACGUCUCUGAGCUACGCAAAGAGGGACGUGUUGCCAAUGUGGCUGAUGUGGUCCAGAAAGGUCAAAGGGUCAAGAUCAAGGUGCUGUCCUUCACUGGCUCCAAGACCAGUCUCAGCAUGAAGGUAAGACAGCAACACAGAGCAGGAAUGAACUCAAAGCCUAAUGCCCUUUGGUAAGCAUGAUGAAAGACAUGAAGCUAAAUUAAAUUAUAAUUGAAACUAAUACUCUGCUCUUGGUUGCCAGGAUGUAGACCAGGAAACUGGGGAGGACCUGAACCCCAACAGGAGGAGGAACCAGGGCCCGGAUGGUGGGGAGGAGAAAAUCAUGAGGAACCCCGACCGCCCAACUGACCUCAACCUGGGCCACGCCCCU